UAAUUCUAUUUAAAAAGUAUUAUUAGUAACUGUAUUUUAGGAUACGUGAGGGAAAUUGCAGUUCUAGGCACCCUACCAUUCAGCGGUUCUAAAUUUGAUCCUUGUGACAAUUUUGAUCAAAUUAUCGUAUUUCUAUCUGCGAGUCAGAGUCAAUUUUCACCAACACAAAGCUGAAGAGCAAUUAUCAUCCAAUUAAAAAUAAAUAUAAAGAAUUUCCAGCUGCUCUGGAAAGUCUCAUUGACAUGGUGUUGCCAUAUCCAGUAGACUGACAGUAACUCUGGAUCAUUUCCAUUAAUGCUGGGCUACAGAACAGUGCAUGGGCUCCCCAGGUGGCUCAGUGGUAAAGAAUUCAUUUCCCCCGUGCAGGAGAUGUAGGACACUUGGGUUCUAUACUUGGAUCAGGGAAGAAGCCCUUGAAGGAGGAAAUGGCAACACACUCCAGUUUCUUGCCUGGAAAAUGCUAUCAACAGAGGAGCCUGGAGAACUGCAGUCCUGAGGAAUGUGGAGUCUGACUGGACUUUGCAACUGAGCACCCAGGCACAGAACAGUGGAUGUCUCAGGCAGCCCCAAAGCAGGAAAAAGCAGCAAAGCCUCAACAAACAGCACCCCAUAAUGCAGGAAUAAAAGAAAGCCCUUUUGAAUUUAUAAUGAGGAAAAGUAUAAAGUUUAAUUAUUUUAAAUAAUGUUAAGCAUGUAAAUGACUAAGUAUUAAAACCCAUUCACUGAAAGGAGCCUGCGGAGCAGGGCGAGGACCUAGGCCCAGGUGGUAAGCAGGCUUCUUCCGGAGGUGGGGCCAGGACCUCCUGUCACAGGAUGAAACUGCACUGCUGUUUCCAGGGGCGGCCGUUACGGCCUCUGGGGUCACGAUUAACUGACGGAACCUCCAGAGCUCAUUUCCCCGAGGCAAGGCCAGGCACGCCGUCACGUGAUGGAACCGCCGUGGCACCGCCCCGUCUGCCCCGCACAGGAACCUGGGAAGGCGCCAACAUGGCGGACAGCACGACACUGGACGCGACCACAGUGCAAGUGCUGCAGGACCUGGCCAACCGCCUGCGCGUCCAUUCCAUCAGGGCUACAUGUGCCUCUGGCUCUGGCCACCCCACAUCGUGCUGUAGCGCGGCAGAGAUCGUGUCGGUGCUUUUCUUCCACACGAUGAGGUACAGACAGACUGAGCCAGCGCACCCCGACAACGACAGAUUCGUCCUUUCCAAGGGUCAUGCCGCUCCACUGCUCUAUGCUGCCUGGGCGGAGGCGGGUGGCAUCAGUGAACCCGACCUGCUGAAUUUGAGGACAAUUCAUUGCGACCUCGAGGGACACCCAACCCCCAGGCUGUCGUUUGUGGAUGUGGCUACAGGAUCGCUUGGGCAAGGGUUGGGGGCUGCGUGUGGAAUGGCUUACACUGGCAAGUAUUUGGACAAAGCCAGCUACCGGGUAUUCUGCCUCCUGGGCGACGGUGAGUCCUCAGAAGGCUCCGUCUGGGAAGCGUUGGCCUUUGCUUCCCACUACUGUUUGGACAAUCUCGUGGCAGUGUUCGACGUCAACCGCUUGGGGCAAAGUGGCGUUGCACCCCUGAAGCACUGCACAGACAUCUAUCGGAAUCGCUGUGAGGCCUUUGGGUGGAAUACUUACUUAGUAGAUGGCCAUGAUGUGGAGGCGUUGUGCCAGGCCUUUUCUCAAGCUGCUCAAGGGAAGAACAAGCCUGCUGCCAUAAUUGCAAAGACCUUCAAGGGCAGGGGUAUUCCAAGUGUUGAGGAUGCAGAAAAUUGGCAUGGAAAGGCACUCCCAAAAGAAAGAGGAGAUGAAAUCAUUAGACUAAUUGAAAGUCAGAUACAAACCAACAGGAAUCUCCUACCAAAACCUCCUGUUGAAGGCUCACCUCCAGUCAGUAUCACAAGUAUAAAAAUGACCAGUUUGCCUGAUUAUAAAGUUGGUGACAGGGUAGCUACUCAGAAAGCAUAUGGUUUGGCUCUGGCUAAACUGGGCCUUGCAAAUGAAAGAGUUGUUGUCCUGGAUGGUGACCCAAAGAACUCCACCUUUUUUGAAAUAUUCAAGAAAGAACAUCCUGAGCGUUUUAUUGAGUGUUUUGCUGCGGAACAAAACAUGGUGAGUGUGGCACUGGGCUGUGCCACACGUGGUCGAACCAUUACAUUUGUUACUACUUUAGCUGCCUUUUUGACUAGAGCAUUUGAUCAGAUCCGGAUGGGAGCCAUAUCUCAAACUAAUAUAAAUCUUAUUGGUUCUCACUGCGGGGUAUCUGUUGGUGAAGAUGGCCCUUCUCAGAUGGCCUUGGAAGAUCUAGCCAUGUUCCGGAGCAUUCCCAAUUGCACUGUUUUCCUCCCAAGUGAUGCUGUCUCGACAGAGCAUGCUGUUUAUCUGGCUGCCAAUACCAAAGGAAUGUGCUUCAUUCGGACCAGCCGAUCAGAAACUGCAGUUAUUUAUCCCCCACAAGAAAAUUUUGAGAUUGGAAGGGCCAAGGUCAUCCGCCACAGUAAUAAUGACAAAGUCACAGUAAUUGGAGCUGGAGCUACUCUGCAUGAAGCCUUAGCAGCUGCUGAUGCUCUUUCUCAGCAAGAUAUUUCUAUCUGUGUUAUUGAUCCGUUUACCAUUAAACCCCUGGAUGCUGCCACCAUCAUCUCCUGUGCAAAAGCUACUGAUGGCCGGGUUGUCACAGUGGAAGAUCAUUACCAAGAAGGCGGCAUUGGCGAAGCCGUGUGUGCAGCAGUGUCUGGGGAGCCUGACAUCCAUGUUCAUCAGCUGUCGGUGUCAGGAGUGCCUGAAAGAAACAGGAAACCUAGUGAAUUACUGAGUAUGUUUGGUGUCAGUGCUAGACACAUCAUAGCAGCUGUGAAAUAUACUUUAAUGCACUAAAAUAACCAAUUUUUUAAAAUAUCAGUCUCUGUGUUGGUUUUAAAACCCUGUUGGACCUUUUUGUGUAUUAUUUAAACAAAGCCAUUUAAGAGCUUGUUUCAUUCCUAAUUCAGAAAUUCUAGUCAACUACUUAUAAACUGUGACUGUAUAUACAAAUGUCACUCAGUGUUGAAUCAGUAGUUUAAGUAACAGAAUACAACAACCUACUACAAAGUUUGCUGAUAAGACUACAAAUAAUUGACUAAUUUGGGAAUUAAUGUAGAGGUAAGUUUCCUAAAUGUAAUUUACUUGUGAAGAAAAUGUGAAUUUCAUUGUAGACUUCAGUAGCCUAGGUUUUGAGGCAAGUAUGAAGGUUCAUGUAAUGCCAUCCCACCUGCAGCUUCCUGGAUAAUUUUUGACUACAGUUGCCUGGAAAUUCCCUUCAAAGUUUGUCUUCUCUCCUUUGCAGUUUAGAGACUGGAGGGCAGCAGUGAAAGUUCUCUUAUGAUGUACCUCAUUGCUUCAGUGACUGUUCUGUGAAGAGAUGAAAGCCUGACUACUUCUGGUUUACACAUUACAAUAUUUUGUGAGGUUUCAGAAGCGUUUCAUUUUCUCAGUGACCAAUUUGCCAACUUGAUUAUAUUCAUCUACUCAGGAAACUAGAAUUAAUGUAAUAAAGUAUUUAAAAACCAAUAA